AUGGAACCGCACAAGUUCGACUCGAUUGCCCCACUUGAUGAGAGCCUCCAGUUCAUUACCUCCGAUGACGAGGAGCAACGACACUGGAAGAUGCAGUCCAUCUACAGGGUCCCCGCACGUAUCACCACCCUCAACGGCGAGGCCUACCAGCCACAAGUUGUCUCCAUCGGCCCCUACCACCACGGGGAGGCCCACCUCCUCCCCAUGGAAGAACACAAGCUUUGCGCGGUCCGCCACUUCCUUAAGCGGUCCGAGAAGCCUAUGGAGAGCUUCUUCGAGUCCCUGAGGGAGGUGGCGUGGGACCUCGAGGAGAGCUACGACGCUCUGGACCCGAAGUGGAAGGCAGCUCCUGACGACUACGUGUUGAACGACCCCAUCUUCAGCUACCACGGGUUUCUCUACAUGAUGAAUGACAUUUGGAAGGAUAUGUCGAUGCUGGAGAAUCAGCUUCCGAUGCUAGUGCUGGAGCGGCUGGUGGCUGUGGAGAGCGAUGGCAAGGAGGACGACCAAUUCGUCAGCAUGCUCAUCCUCAAGUUGUGGUACUCCAAAAAGGCCAUCAAAAGGAUGGGCAAAUGCCUGCACUUCCUGGACGUUAUCAGGAAGGGCACGCUGAUGGAGCGCAAGAAGGACGAGGAGGAGGUUACUUUCUUAGAUUUCACUCUGUCGGAAGAUGUUAUUGCAAUAUCAAUACGACCACAAUCUCAGAUUCAAUGUGCUGACUUCACUCCAACAACACAGGACGACCAAUUCGUCAGCAUGCUCAUCCUCAAGUUGUGGAAGGGCACGCUGAUGGAGCGCAAGAAGGACGAGGAGGAGGUUACUUUCUUAGAUUUCACUCUGUCGGAAGAUGUUAUUGCAAGGGACAAAUCCGUCAACAGGCUCAUCCUCAACUUCUGCUCCCCCAGUAAGGGCAUCGCGAGGAUGGGCAAAUACCUGCACGUCCCAGACUUCUUCAGGAAGUGCAUGCUGUUGGACCCCAAGAAGAAGGACGACGUGGACAGGCUGAACUUUCUGACGACUAUCCAAUUGGCCACCGAGCUCGACGAGCAUGGGAUCUGGUUCAAGAUUAACAAGACCGACAGCAUCAAGGACAUUUCCUUUGCAGACGGCGUCCUGAUGCUCCCCUACAUCCAAAUGAUGGAGGUCACCAUGUCCUGCAUCCUCAACAUCAUGGCGUUCGAGCGCCUCCAUGUCAGGGCUGGGAACGAGGUCACAUCCUGCAUCUACUGCAUGGGGCACAUAAUUACCAAGGGGUGGGACGUCACACUGCUCCGCGCCCAGGGCAUCAUCGUGCAUUUCCUGGCAAGCGAUGAAGCAGUAGCCAAGACGUUCAACUUGCUGACGUGCUCGAGGAGGUCAACAAGUACUACGAUAAGCGCUGGAACAUGUGGAAGGCUAAUCUCAUCCACACCUACUUCAGGAAUCCUUGGGUUGCAUUGUCUCUCAUUGCUGCCGUCUUCGUCUUUGCGCUCACCAUAA